AUGCCUCGGCGAAAGGCCAAUGAUGGCGGUCCGGCUCCUCCGAAAACCACCCGAACGCGGCGUAAGAAGGCCGUACCGGAGGAACCGAAACCGGAAGUUUAUGAUCCGAUGAAUGGUUACGGUAUGGAAGGAAUGGACCCGAGUAUGUACGGGCACCAUCCAGAAUUUGGUUACGGUGGCUACGGUCAUCCGCCGCCGUUCCCCGGCCCCGAAGGUUCCAAUAAUCAUUAUGGAAUGCCUCCGCCUUCUCAACCGAACAAUCCUCAGGCCAACAUGAUGUUAGUUUGUUCGUCCAACCACUUGUCAUAAGAAAAAUAAUAAUUAAAACACAAAUGUACUGACCGUUAACCAGUUCCAGUGCUUACAGGAUGAGGAGCCAAGCCACGGCGCCAGUGCCGUUAGGACCGACGGUUAGCCCUCUCGAGUUUCGGAUACACGACAUGAAUCGGCGGCUGUAUAUCUACAGUUCAACAGGUGUAUCCGAGAAUGACCAACAGCAAUGGUGGGACGCGUUCUCGCACGAGUUCUUCGACGAUGAAUGCAAACUUUGGUUUGUGAUUGGCCCGGAGACGGCACCCAUUCAAAGCAGAGAACGUUACAGUAAGUCCUCUUUCUUCCCAAAAUUACAUUGUAUAUAAUUGCAUGUCUUUUUCCAGUAAUUUCUCGUCAAUUUAUACCCCGGUUUUUCCGUUCAAUAUUCGACAGUGGUAUGCGGGAAUUGGCCUACGUGCUCCGAGGACCUUCUCGAGAAUGUACACUGGCAAAUGGACAACCUGCCUAUGAGAAUGAAAGUGUUUUACAAAUCACAAAGUAUGAUAAGCCGCAUCACGUGGAAGUGCACACCGAAGGAAAGUUGUAUGUCGAGUUCACGCCCUACGACGAAGUGAUGAACUAUCGGAUAAAAGCGUGGACACUCGAGCUCCGUCGAUCUGAUGAGUUCACUCAAAACCCCACGACCAAGGUGAGUCAUCCAACUCAUUGUGUCUCUGGAAAAAAUGUUAGCAAGAAACCGCUGUGGUGCUUCCAAUUCCCGUGGGACUCUACGCCGCAGUUUGGGCCACGGGCUCGUCAAGCAUGUAAUGAGUUACAGAAAAAAGAGUGUGAGGAAUUGGAUAGGAGUAGAGAAAAGAGCCGGAGGAGGCCCCAUGUUUUGCAUUUUUGUCGUCGACCAGAAAAAUACAAAGGGUGUUAUUCCUUUUGUCAUAAGGGAGAGAAAAACGUCGUGAAGUCCUAACUGAACAAGAGAUGGGGGGUAUAUGCUAUAAACCAAAACAACAGAAGUCACACGACAUUAUUUUCAUUUUUUCAGGAAUUCCACAGAGAAGCUCCAUCCGGGAAUCAAGAGAAUCAGCCAAAGAUGGGAUUCUUCAAGUCCACUCUCAAUAUGAUGAGUAUGCUCAAGAUUCUCGAGCCGAUGCAAAACCUGAUGAGUAACGCAAAAGGUUCCCCGGUAAGUAAAAGUUGCGCCACGAACAAACGAGAGCUUAACGAGAAACGGGUUAGCUCGCAACGAUGCUCAUUAGUGUAGUUCACACGCCGGUCAACAAUUCACCUGAUUGGCUUCAUUGAGCGCGUUCAUGUAUAACUUGUGUCUGAUCAUUAGCACCUUUCACACACACGUUUUCGCUUUUUCUCUAUUAGCACUCACUCGGCUAGGUGAUUGGGCGGGGACACUCCACUAAUGAGCUCUCAUAUCUUACAUUUAGUUAUAUUCUCAUCCACAUUCCUCCAAUUUUUCUCUUUCAGUCUACUUCGCCAAAGGAUCUCAUGCGACGGACGCUAUUUCAACACUUCCAACACGCAGAAGCGAUGAAGGAGCGCAUUCGUCAGCAGCAACAACACAUGCGUAAGACUCUUUCUCAUUUUGAUUUGGUUGUUAAUGUAGUGUUUUGCAGUGCAACAACAAUCGAUGAUGAAUCCUCCGGAGCCGGAGAAGCCAAAGGCGACAAGGAAACGUCAGCGGAAGCCGGCUGCAAAUCCACGUGGCAGCAAGAAGGCAGCCGCCGCCGCUGCCGCAGCCGCCGCUCAGCAACAAGCUCCGAACGGAGUUCCGUCCGCAGUCCCAAAUGUUCCGGCUAACGCUCCGCCGUUUCCACCAAACCCAAUGAACCCAUCGGUAACGAAUCCCAUUGAGUAUUCUUUCAACACGUCAUUUUUGCAGUUCUCGCAAAUGAAUUACCCUGACGUGAUGGUCGUCGGAGAGCCUUCAAUGAUGGGAAGUGAUUUCGGAGAAGACGACGAAAGAACCAUCUCAAGAGUUGAGAACUCUCAGUACGAUCCGAACACGAUGCAAAUGCAAUCACUCGGUCAAGGACCCAACUCUUCGAUGGGCGUAAAUGGACGUCCUAUGAACAUGCCACCUCCAAUGGGACCUCCACAACAUCACGGAGGAAUGGCACCGCCACCAGGCCACCCGCACGGCGGAAUGCCACCGCAUUCGAUGGGAAGUCAGAUGCCGAACCCAAUGCAUAAUCCUAUGCAUAUGCCAAACCACAGUGGAAUGCCACCGAUGCCGAGCUCAAUGACCAACUCAAUGCCGCCUCCGCAAAUGCCACCACACACAAUGUCGAACCAGAUGCCGAAUCGUAUGCCUCCGCCGAUGCAAGGACAGAUGCCGCCUCCUGGAAUGCCAGGCGGUAUGCCGAAUCCAAACAUGAUGGGCGGAGGAAUGCCGCCGAUGUCGAUGCCGAAUCAGUUGCCCAGCUCGAUGUCCAACCAGAUGCCAAACCAAAUGAGCGGAGGCAUGCCGAUGAAUCCGAUGCCACCACCCGGCUACAACUAUUCGGGACCACCAGCUCCGUGGGCUCCUCCACCCCAAAACUCGGCAAUGAUAACUGGGUAA